GUCGUUGCCGCAGUGCUUCGUGGGCACACGCACACCACUUGCGUUUGCCACCACACGCGCUUCUGGUAAAGAAACGCGGCGUUUAAUCUUCAACACUACACGACCACACAGUCUAUGCUCUAACGUUGCCACGGUCGGUUGUAGCUGCAAAUUGGCACGGUGUUUUCAGUCGCGGCGCUCGUAAGCGUUGGUUUGAAAAGUUUUGUUCUUCUGCGUGAUGCAGUUUUACGCAUCCCAAAACCCAAUAAGUGACGAAACGCAUCAACAUUAGGUGUGAUAAAUUAAACAAAAUGUGUAUCGGGCAGGAAUCGUGGAUGGUUUAAUGGUGCUGAUGAUGCUUGUGGCCUUUGUACGGUGUACGGUGAAGUGCUUAAGCUAGACGAAUUGUGUGGUGCCCCAUCGAGUGUUGAUCGUGGUAAAACGUAUUGAAGAAGGCUCGCUGGUGUGGUUGGAUGAGAUUUAUUUUUAAAAAAGAACCUCCACCGGUGGAGAUACCGUGUACCCAGCGCAGUGAUCUUAGGUUGUUGCUCCAGCAUCAACAAACACAUGUAAUGGAAGCUGAUGCUAAAAGAAAAAGGUGAAGAAAAGGUGCUUCGCUUAAGCGAAAUAGUUGAAACGUAUUAAGAAGGUGAAACAAAAACGUGUUUUUAUAAUCCACUAAAUUGUGCAAGUGUGUGAAGGUUGGGUAAAAUUAAACACAAAAAGUGUUGCAUUUAUAGCGGAGAAACAAAAAAACCCCGAGGAGCAAUAACAUAUUCCUUACGCGUGCAAUAUUUUGCAAAACCAAUUCUACAAAGCACAUCUCAUAAAAGAAAAAGCCACAAAACUUUCUAGAGCAAUAGAUUGCCCCAUCAGUCGCGCUCUUAAUCAACAGCAACGGUGAGAUUUAAAUGAUCGGAGAGGUGAACCAUUAUGUGGACGUUUUGUUUUACGUCAUCUUACAUUUACGCUCUUUAAGAAGUGAAUCGUUUUAUGCUGCAAAUUUUCCUUUGCGGAUGAAGUUACAGAUGUCCAGGCUUCAAGUGAUUCCGUAAAACCGUUCCAUGCUAGGUUAUUCGUGCUACGGUCCAAAGCUGAUAGUGUGCCAGAGUGGUGUGGUCGGUAACUACGCUGUGCGGUUAGUGAAAUAUGGCAGUAAAUUACAAAUUAUCCAUAAAUAGUGGUAUAAUGAAGCAAUAAUAAAGCGGAGCUGUUUAGCGGUAAGCCACCAAAAAACCCGGCGGUGAGCAGUGAGUGGGCAAGAUUGUUGUAAAGAUCUGGUACGUACGUGCUGCUGCGAGAGGUUUUACUUUCGACAGACAACGGCACAACGGUUCUGGCAAGAAUAGAAAAUAGUGGUGAAAAGCGCGGUUCGGUGUUGGGUGGUUUGGUUGGUAAAAUUGGAAAAUAUUGCUUCGUGUUAGGAGUCGACUUCUUCACUGCCGCCACAACUUCUGGCGAUCUUGUGGCGAUCUACAGUUUAAACGUACCAAGACGAAUCCCCCCCGUUCCCGGUAAAGGUAUAUCUUUCCGGUGGGAUUAAUUUUCUUCGUGCACCGGUGGGUUUUUGCGAUGGGUGCCGGUACCCUGUGCCGGACGUCGUUCGGCCCAGCAGCAAAGACACCUCGGACCACCUUCGUCAGCAGGAUGGCUUCGGUGUUGUUGUUGGUGUUAAUGUCAGCACUCAUCUCCGCUACGAUGGAAAACAUUGAGGAUGAUCGUAGAUAUAUAUCAGCCAAUGAUCUGCUUUUGACUGCGAAUCGGUUUAUGGAUCCUAAUGUGACUUCAUAUUCCCGAAUGUUGGUCGAUGUAGCCGGUGAUCAAAUUAUCGUUGGAGCAAGAGAUAAUCUGUUCCGGUUUUCAAUGGGUCUGGAAGAGAUCGAGCGAGCACCCUGGGAGGUGCCGGUCAGUAUGCAUGGUCUAUGCGUACAGAAGGGUCAAACGGAGGAGGCCUGCCAUAACUACGUGAUGGUGUUACAAAACUUCGGUAGCCAGCUGUACGCCUGUGGUACUCACGCCUUCAAUCCACGGUGCACCGUACGCCAUAUGGAGGACCUUUCGGUGACCAGAAACGAUGACGGUGUGGCCAAAUGUCCGUUCAAUCCGAACGCUAACAUGACCGCACUAAUAUCCGAAACGGGUCAACUGUUCGUCGGUUCGGCAACUGAUUUCUCCGGGCUCGAUUCCGCCAUUAUGCGAUCGGAUAUUUUGGAGAAUAAUUCACGCAUCUUGCGCACCGUCCAGUACAAUUCUCUCUGGCUGAACGAACCACAGUUUGCCGGGAGUUUUGAGCAUGGUGGAUUUAUUUAUUUCGUGCUGCGGGAAGCUGCAGUAGAGUAUAUGAACUGCGGGAAGAUCAUCUACUCGCGGAUAGCACGCGUUUGCAAGAAUGAUCCCGGUGGUACGUUAGGCAUUCUGAAGGACAACUGGACGUCUUUUGUGAAGGCACGUCUAAACUGCUCGCUGCCCGGGAAUUACCCAUUCUACUACAACGAGGUGCAGGGUAUGGUGUAUUCGCAGGAUGAAGGAGUUCUCUAUGCGACCUUUACCACUCCAGACAAUAGCAUCCACGGAUCAGCCAUCUGUGCGUACAACAUGUCUGCCAUACAAAGCGCAUUUGACGGUGCCUUCAAGUAUCAGGAAUCGAAAGGAGCUGCCUGGCGCGGACAGGAAGUUAGCAAUCGGGAUCAUUACGAGUGUCGCGGUGCAGGUGCCACUGGACGUCACAUGUCGCUGAUCGAAUCCUCCAAAUAUCAGCUGAUGGAUCAAGCUAUUCAACCGAUCACGGGACGUCCACUGUACCACACAGCACUGGAACGGUUGAGCCACAUUGCGAUCGAUAUCAUUCCCACCAAGCUGCAUGAGCGUGUACACAUCAUCUACGUCGCGACAGACGCUGGUACGAUCAAGAAGAUCUCGGUAUUGCCCCGCACCAAGGAUACGUGUGUGAUCGAAAUCUGGCAACCGGAAGAACGUCCGGAAACGCGCAUCAAGGUGAUGCAGUACGUGAAGGAUACGGAAUCGCUUUAUGUUGGUACGGAGCGAGCACUCAUGCGCAUUCCGGCGAAUCAUUGCGGCCGUCAUCUGUCGCGGACGAGCUGCCUGAACUCGAUGGAUCCGUACUGUGGAUGGAACGAGCUGCAGGAAGCGUGUACGAUCGCUCCGAACGGUGAUACACUCGCCCGGUACUGGGUACAGAAUGCGACCGAAUGUCCCGUGCUGACAGCACCGGUCGAUGGUGGUUGGUCGGCAUGGUCCGGUUGGUUCCGAUGUGCCCAAUCACCUGGGCAGGCAUCGGCAGGAGGUGCUAGUGCGACAGGUGAAGACUUCGGUCCCAAUGCCGACAGUUGCCUGUGCAGGACGCGUACCUGCAACAAUCCACCACCAAAGAAUGGUGGUCGUGGAUGUACUGGUAUGCACAUUGCCGUUACCAACUGUACCGUGCACGGCGGAUGGACGGAAUGGUCAGCUUGGUCGGCUUGCUCACAAACCUGUGGUAUGGCGGUGAAGACACGUCGGCGUACGUGUGGCAACCCAAAGCCAGCGCACGGUGGACGUGUAUGUGUGGGACCGGAUCGGGCUGAAAUUUACUGCUCGCAUCUUCCACCGUGUCCGGCACCGAAACAACCGCCCGUCGAUGGAGGCUGGGGUCCGUACGGUGAUUUCGGCGAAUGUAGUGCCGUGUGUGGUGGCGGAUUCCGGAUUCGUCGGCGCAAGUGUGACAAUCCGGUACCGCAAAACGGAGGAAUGGAUUGUUCGGGUUGUCACUUUGACUACGAGGUGUGCAAUACACAACCGUGUCCAGAUGUGCGUAAGGCGGGCACUUGGACACCGUGGUUAACGAUGGCCAAUGGAACAGUGCCGAAUGGUGGGUACGUGGAGAAGCGAUUCCGGUUUACUUGUAAAGCUCCGAUAGCGGAUUCAGCUCUGCUCAAGAUUACACCGAAGGAAGAGGUACGCGUGUGCCAGGCGGAUGGAUCCUGUCAGCGAUCGAUUGAUCCGAACGCGCUUGCGACGGGUUUGGCGGGUGGUGAUGACGGUGACGAUGGAUGGAGCGAAUGGAGCUCGUGGAGUCCGUGCAGUGCGUCGUGUGGUGGUGGCUAUCAGCAUCGCACACGAACCUGCGAAAAGCUGGAGUGCGUUGGUUUCAACAAGACACGACGAGCGUGCAACACGCAACCAUGUAGAGGCGAAUGGGGAUGCUGGACGGAUUGGUCACCGUGUUCGGUUAGCUGCGGUACUGGCACGCGGUCCCGAUCGCGCCAAUGUCUGUCGAUGUCGGGCAGCGUUACGCCGGAAAACGAUUGCGAAGGUAAAAGCGUCCAGUACGAAAGCUGCGAUAUGCCGAGCUGUGACUCAUUCCUUGGAUGGGGCGAGUGGAGCGAAUGGUUACCGUGUAAUUCGGACAAUGAGAAGAUCCGCACCCGUACCUGUCUGCAGCCACAUUCCGUCUCGUCCACCGGGGAGCUUAUGUGCCAGGGCAGUGAUCGGGAACUGCGCAAGUGUAACAUCGAGCAAGCAAAUGAUGUUCCACUGCCACCGGCUGCCGUGUACGUGUCAUCCAUUUCGGCCAUUUUGAUCGCUAUCCUGGUAACGAUGCUAGUGUGCUGUGGUGUCAGUAUAGCCGGUACUGUCGUUUUCAUGAACAAGAAAAAGAAAGGCCUGAAAGCGAUCCAGGGUUCGCCGUGCUACGGUUCUUACCCCAACCAAUACUCGUCACUACCGACCAAGGAUGUUAGUAUGGAUUUAAUGUACACCGAUAGCGGACACAAGCCGAAACGACAGUCAUCCUUCAAGGGUUCACGGAACGAUGCGAGUGGAUCGAAGCUUUCCAACGGCACCGGUACGCUGGUGAAAUCGAUCAACGUGAACGGUGGCCCGCUGGGUAAUAACACACCGAAGAUACUGUCGAAAUCGUUCAACGAAACCGAUACGGCCACAAUCAAGCGCAAUUCUCACGGUCCCAACAAUAUCCGACAUGCCCGCCAGCUGGAAAUGGACGAAGACAAGUACUGACCGAACGCCGAUCUGGUGGAUGGAAAUUAAACAGUCAAGCGAUCUGGCUGAGCGAUUCGUACCGAACUGCAAGGUGUAAGAAUGUUGGCCAUUUUUUGCAUAACCGUAGCAGGAUUGUUUUUAGAAAGCGUUUAAAGAUUGACACUAGCUUUUAACAGAAAGUAUUCGGAUUUUACUUAGCGCAACACGACAACAUGUGCGUGUGUAGAUGUAAUAUUGCGGUAAGAUAGAACUUUGCAAUGCCGAUGAGUGCCAUUAGUAUAAUUGUCUUUAUCUCGUACGAUCGUCAAACAAAUUAACAAACAAUUUGCUGUAAGCUAACCAGUUAAAUAGUGUAACGUUGUCGUUUAUGUUUUUAAAUUGUUACAGAAGAAAAGCAAGUAGCGAAACCUCUCUAAAGUAAUUUUUUUUUAAAAUUGUAAACAAGAAAAGACUUAGCUCGUAGAUAAUGUUGUUUUAAGUUUUUUUUUUUAAAUGAGUCUAUGCUGCCUUCUAUACUGCUCGGUACAGGGAAAUCUUAUCCACGUGUCGGGUGCAGUGUUUAAUGGUCGCACAGUACAACAGUAGCUCAUAUUGAGCAGUAGCAAUAGUAGAACCCGUAGCAUUUUUUGUCGACAAUGAUGUCCAGCGCUAGGGAAGUGGUUUAACAUUACGGAAGGGCAUAACAUAACACUUCGGUUGGCAUCGGUCGAAACGGAUAAUCAUAGAGAAGAAGGGCCAAAACGAAACAAUUCAAAAAGACUUAAGCGUUAAAAGACAGUUGUAAGCGCAGUGUGUAGAUUUUAGAAGCAGAACGUGUAGACAGGUAAACCUAAAGCAUUUCGGUUAAGCGUUGUUAAAAAGCUUCCACUAACGAUGUGUUCGAUAUUUCGACGUUGACUUAAAUAUAGUGAUAAACCAAGUAAAAUGUGUAGUAAGCAAUGUUACAGCAAUCAAAACAGUUCUAAAUAAAACGUAAAACCAGCAGUGAAAA